AUGGCACCUCCUCCAUCUACGCCAGCACCAAAAUUCAUCUUCAAGACGCCGGGGCAGGGUGGCCAGACAUCACGUACCGGCGUGGCGUCCCCACGGUUCACAACGCCGAGAUUCUCAAUACCCUCAGCGACGGCAGCAUCGACACCCGCCCUUAGGCCGUCUCAGCUGUUCGUGCAGUCUACGGGCCGGGCUCGGGCACGGGAUGAGAUUGAGAGCUCGCCUCCUUCGUCCGUUAGGUCCUCCGGAGGACGGGCCGUUGAUCAGGAUCAGGAAACCAUCGUGAGCGAUGUAAGCGAUGUGGGUGAGGAUAACGGGAGCAGUAUAGCGGCGGCGCCGGUGGACAGGGAAGUUAAGAGGAGGCGACUGUUCGAUACGCCGAGUGGUCCCGAGAGGUACAGAGAAAUCCUCCCCAGCAGCCCGGUGGAUGAUGACGAGGGUAAUUCCCCGCCCACGAUUAUGAAGACCGACAGUGAAGCACAAGACUCGCCAUCAAGCGUCCGAAGUUCCCUGGACCUUCCGCGAGAGAACCCCUCAGUGACCGCUCGCCAACCGUUAUUCCAGCCCCCACCGCGAUUCAAAGUACCAGAUACGGAGGAGAACACCUUUCUGGAAGGUUUACCCUCAGUCUUCUCACCGCAAAGGAAAGGUGCCAAAUACGUCGCCGGCGGUCUAGCUGCCGAGGUCCAGAGAUGGCUGUCGCACAUCAAAGGGUCGCGGAGCGAGGUGGAUGGAGUGCUGAGAUUUAGGGUUGAGGAGAUGAAUAAAGAUGGGCACUCCUCUCUCUCUGCUGGGUUUGGGCUCUACCGUGGGGCGGGCCCUGAGCUCGCGCCGAUCGAGAGUCUUUUCCAUCUCCGUAUCCGUCCCUCCCUCUAUUCAUCUGCACGCCACGAUCUCGAGAAGGGCCGGACCAGUCACGGUUCUGGCCUGGACUCCGACGACGACGAGGAGCGCCGCGACUUGGUCGGUUGUCAUGACUCGAGCCCCGGCUGCGGUUCGGGCUCGGACUUCCACCGUAGCUCCGGCUCCGGCUCCGGCUCCGGCUACGACUGCGACUGCGACUAG